AUGAAACUUGGAGAGGAGGUGGUCUUCACCAGGAGGUGGCGCUCUUGUGAGGAUUAUAUUUUCAGGACUGCGAGGAAAACCACCAGGCAAACGACCUCACAACACAGACAAAGAUCAGGUGGAGAUGGAGGUCCACAGAAACUCAACAGAAAGCCAUCAGAUGGAAAGUUCACAAAGAAGAGAAACACCCCGGGAAGCAGAAAAGAUGAAGGCUCUGAAGGGAAGAAACCUAAAUGGGAUGAAUUCAAACAAAAAAAAAAAGAGUUGAAGCAGAAUCGCCAGCAGAAUGAGAAAAAAGAGAGUUACCUGAUUGUCAGCAGAGCAAAGCAAGUGUGGGAAAUUGUAAGGAGGAAGGGUUGUGACAAGCGAAAAAGGACCAAACAGAUGAAAGAACUACAGAGACUUGUGAAGGAAAAAUUAAAACAGAGUAAACAGCAGGUGGGGGCAGUGAUGUCGGCUUUUAAGGGGACCGUCAGACAGAUGCUCAGGCACUCAGAGAAAUUGGAGAGCAUCAUGGAUGAAAUGAAGCAGAUCCUCACACCAGUGGCACAGAAGGAGGCCGUCAUUAAAGUUUUUCUGGACUUCUUUGCACAUGCUGCAGCCAAACAGAGAACGGAGAUGAUCGAGUCCAUCAGAGAGGCGGUCGUGUACAUGGCUCACACACAUGACGGAGCCAGGGUCACCAUGCACUGUUUAUGGCACGGCACUCCCAAGGACCGAAAAGUUAUAGUAAAAAUGAUGAAAUCAUACAUUGGAAAGUUUGCAAUGUUAGAUGAUGAAGAUGGCCAGCUUCAUAUGGCAGAGCACCGGGCUGGUCAUCUGGUGUUGAAAUGGUUGAUGGUGCAGGAUGCUACAAUGAAGGAGGCAGAGAGAAAAGAGCGUUUCUCCAGGAUUCUUCUGGAGAAGGUAGGGAUGGAGAACCUCAAGACGUGGGCUUCAGUCAACCGUGGUGCCAUUGUUCUUUGUUGCCUUCUCCAGAGUGCAGAUGAAAGUGUUGCUGUAGAAGUGAAAGUUAUGCUGAAAUCCAUCCUUCCUGAACUUCAGAAGGCCCAGAACUCGAAAGGAGUUGAGGUUCUGCUUGAAAAACUGGCUGAUGUAUGUAAAUACAAAACACACAAAAAUAAUAUUUAUCUUUAUUAUUAUUUUUCUUUUUAUUCUCAUGAAACCAAUCAAGAACAUGGAUAUACAUGUUAUAUUUCACCCCUAAAAUCAAUGGAAACAUUUUCAUGAAAAUCAAGCAAAUGAACCUAUAACGUGGACAGAAAUGCUAUGAUAAUAUUGUUUGCACAACAUUUAAUAUAUGCUGAUUAAAAAAAUGUCAAAGACUAGAUGGUUUUCACUUCUAUUCCGAGAAACGAGGAAAUGUGCUUAAUUGUUAUGAAAAUGUCAAUGGAAAAAACAUAAUGGACAUACGGUUCUUUUUAUCAUUUUAUUUUCUUUUGAUUUUUGAGGUGAAAUACAAUCCAGAGAUUUCUAUACAUUAAUGCAUUAAGAAUAAAUUUAAU